AUGGAUUCCCGGAAAUUGUCAGCUUUACUUUCUUCUCUCGUCUCUCAAGUAAUCCUCCUCCUCUUCCUCUUCCCGUCGUCUUCUUCAACCCCUCACUCCCUCUCAUCCGAUUCCAAUUCACAAGAAAACCUCUUCCCUCUCCUCCAACAUUUUCUCUGUUCCCAAGAAAUCCUCACCUCGCUGGUUCUCUCAAUUUCCCGGAAACGGAAGAGAACCCUUUUUCCAGACCCGGAAUCCGAACCGACCCACGAAGACAGAUACUCCCCGCCGAGAGAGGUCCGUCUGACUCGAAGUCCCGGGUCGUUCAAGACCUGCUUCAACAUGACAUCCACGACAUUCGAAUGGCUCUCCGGCUUACUCGAACCGCUACUCGAGUGCCGUGACCCGGUUGGUUCGCCUCUCAAUCUCUCCGCAGAGCUCCGACUCGGAAUCGGCCUUUACCGGUUAGCCAACGGGUCAAAUUAUUCCGACAUCGCGACACGAUUUGGGGUACCCGAGUCGGUGACCCGGUUCUGCGCCAAGCAACUCUGUCGAGUUCUCUGCACUAAUUUCCGGUUCUGGGUCGCGUUUCCUAGCCAAGAUGAACUCAAAUCUGUGUCGAAUUCUUUCGAGGAACUAACUGGUUUGCCGAAUUGCUGCGGUGUUAUUGAUUGUGCGAGGUUCAAGAUUGUUAAAGACGAUGAAACAUGGAAGGAGGAUAGCAUUGCAGUGCAAAUCGUGGUCGAUUCUUCGUCUCGGAUUCUGAGCAUUGUUGCAGGUUUUCGAGGGGAUAAACCAGAUUCAACUGUGCUUAAGUUAUCAACUCUGCACAAAGAUAUUGAAGAGGGAAGGGUAUUGAAUUCGAAUCCGGUUUAUGUCAAUGGGGCGGCAGUGAAUCAGUACUUGGUUGGAAAUGGUGGUUACCCUCUACUUCCAUGGUUAAUUGUACCUUAUGAGGAUUUUCUUCCAGGUUCAUGUGAAGAAAAAUUCAAUGCAGCCCAUAGAUUUCUCCGGGUUCCUGCAUUGAAAGCCAUUGCUAGUUUGAAGAAUUGGGGGGUGUUGAGUAAACCCAUCAGAGAGGAGGUUAAGUCUGCUGUGGCUUUUAUAGGUGCCUGUUCAAUUCUGCACAAUGUUUUGCUGAUGAGAGAGGAUGAUUCUGCAUUAUGUGAUUGUUCAGGGGAUGAUUACGAUCAUCAAUUCCAUGGGGAGUUUAGGAAUUUGGAGGAUGAUUCGAAAAAGGGUUUCGAAAUUCGUAGAGCAUUGGCUGCAAAAGCAGCAGAAUUUCAUGAUUCAAGAUCGAUGCAGAGUGAUUAA